AUGUCGCUUUUCCGCUCUUUGCAGAACUCACCUGCCACCAUCUCCAUCUUUCACUACGCUAAGCAGCCUGCUUCUGCCAAAGUAUAUGCUACAUUGGAGAAGGCGUACUUUCGUUACAACGAGAACAAAAACCAAUUUCAGAUCGAUUUGAACGCCAAGAAGAUGCCAACCUACGACCAAUUCAAGGACAUUUACUCGCACGCUGUACACGGUGAGGCUGCGAAAGCUGUGAUUCAGACAUGCUUCCCAUUGUUAAGUGACAAGAAGACAUCUUCCCUGGCGGAACAUUUCACCACCUUCAAAAGCCUUGGAGUGAAGACUGACCGUGGCUUCAAAAUCUUUUCGGAGAACGAGUAUGUGGCCAUCCAAGAGGCCUUCUCGCAGUUGGUAAACGAGUCCGAGCCAGAAAUUGACCCCACUGAGCUUUUCAGAGCUCCGUUGGUGGUGGACUGGGACCAGAACUUGAUUGCUUGUGAUGAAGAUGGUUUGGAGACCAUUUUGGCCAAGUACAAGGCUGCAGCCGACGAAAAGUAA